CUAUGCUAAGAUAUCUGAUACUUGUACUAUGAACCUGUGAUAUAAUUUGACAAACAUAGUUUUUGUAAGCAAUAUGCAUGUGACACUAGAUAUAUGUGCUACAUAAUAAUUAUCAACAGAGCAUCUUUUCCAAAAUGGUGUGAUAUCAGCAUAUAUGUAGGAAAACAGUGCAUUGUGAACAUAACUAUAACAUUUUCUGCAAGAGAAUCGAAAAUAUUAUAAUUAGAAACUGACUUGAGCUGCAAAUAUGAAGGAAACUUCAUUCUGUAAAGAGCAGCAGAUACAAGUAAGCAAAUUAUUUGAGGAGCUUGAAAAUUCAAAUUUACAAAUUCUUGUAAAUCAGGAGAGUCAGACAAUUAAGCAAAAUCAACAAAAUGAUGAAUCUAAAGAAAAAGAAAAGGGAGUUUCACAAAAACUAACAAGGAAAGACAAACGUAGGUUAGUCAAGCUAAAAAGAGAAGCAGCUCAAGUGACACCAUCUACUAAAGGAGAGACAACAACCCAAGGAGUAGCAAGUUCUCAGGGAGCAGCAGCAUCUACUAAAAGAGAGACAACUACCCAAGGAGUAGCAAGUUCUCAGGGAGCAGCAGCAUCUACUAAUAGGGAGACAACUACCCAAGGGGCAACAACUUCUCAAGGGGCAGCAUCUACCCUAGAGGUAGUACCUAAUCAAAGGGUAGUAUCUACUCGAGGGGCAGCAUCUACUAAAGGGAAGACAACUUCCCAAGGGGCAACAACUUCUCAAGGGGCAGCAUCUACCCUAGAGGUAGUACUUAAUCAAAGGGUAGUAUCUACUCGAGGGGCAGCAUCUACUAAAGGGAAGACAACUUUCCAAGGGGUAACAACUUCUCAAGGGGCAGCAUCUACCCUAGAGGCAGUACCUAAUCAAAGGGUAGUAUCUACUCGAGGGGCAGCAUCUACUAGAGGAAAGGGUACCCUUUAUGUACUUCCUACUCAAGAUAAAGGUUUAACUCGAGGGUCAUCUUUUCAAGGGAGAGACACAAGUCAAUGGAGAGGGUCACCUAGAGUGAGAGGAAUACCUCAUAGAGUUUUCACUGUUAAAGGAUCAACCUUUAGGGGGAAAGCACAGUUCUUUAAGCCAAGAUUUUAUAGAUCAACUUACCAUCCAUUGUCAUUUUAUAGGGGAAGACAAAGUUCUAAACAUAAAGGAUCAAGAUAUAGGGAUGGUUCCAAGAGUCCAAGGAGAAGUUCUAGUCACAGUGAGUCAGAUCGAAGACAUAACUAUGAUUCAAAAUGUCAAGAAAGAAAGUCAGGCUAUUCUGAAUCUAAAUGUAAAAAUGAUUCCAAAAGUCUUGAAAAACAGAGAUCACAUUCUAGUGGUUUUGAUCAAAGACAUUACAGUGAACCAUUAAGCAAAGAGAAAAGGUCAGAAUAUGACAGAUUAGAUAGAUUUAACCAUGAUUCAGGUAGGCAAGAAAUAAGUUUGAAAGGAUUAAACAAAAAUGAUACCCAACAUCUAGAAAGACAAUCAAGUUACAAUUGGCCAGACCAAACUUAUAGCAAUCAUCCAAUAGAUCAAAAAAGAUCAGAAUAUAAUGUUCAAAACCAAACAAGAAGUCAGCAAAGACAUUUAGAGCUUAUUGAAUCAGAACAAAGUCCAGACAGGAAGUAUGGGUAUAAUCGUUUUGAUCGAAUGUCCAAUGUUUCAAAAUGUCAGGAAAGAAGGGUAGGAUACACAGACUUAGGUCAAAGACACUAUAACAGUGGAUCAGUUAGUUAUACAAGGAGAUCAAGCUAUAGCGGACCAGAUAGAUGGUACAACAGCGAACCAGAAAGAUCAAAUUACAAUGUUAGAGAUCAAGGGCAUAGCAAAGAUUUAAAAGAUCAGGAAAGAAAUUCAGGUUAUAGCAUAUUUGACCAAAAAACAAUAGUAGAUGUAGGAAGCCAAAAAACAUGGCCAUUAUAUAUACUAGACUCAAAACAAAAAAAUGAUCAAGCCAGAGAUGAAAUACCAGUUGACAGUAAAUUGACAGACGACAGAGAAAGGCAUUCAAGUUUGAAGUCUAGAAAUAGGUUAGUGACAUAUAUCUACAUGUACUUUGUAAUAUGAGGUUAUAUAAUGGUUCAUUCUGUAUAUCGUGUUUAUACUCGAGUGGGUAUAUAAUAUAUUCACAAGUGAGCGUAGCGAACGAGUGAAUAUAUUAUAUUCUCACGAGAGUAUAAAAUGCACGAUAUACAGAUUGAACCAUUAUAUAAUCUUAUUAUGCCACUAUAAGUUCAAUUACAGUUGAUUCAAACACAAUCAUAACAAUUAUAAAAACCAUAAAAAUAUCCCACAGCCAACUCAGUAAUGCCGAUGUUGAUCUCGAUCCAUUUAUGACGUCACUUGAUUCUAGCAAAUCAUGUGGGAACCAUUUAUGACGUCACUUGAUUCUAGGAAAUCAUGUGUAACAAACCAUACACCUCGUUCUUCGGUCAAUAUUCAUUAGUUCCCAGAAUGCACUUCUACAGUGGUAUACGCUGGAGUGUAUACGGUGGAGUGUAUACGAUGACGAUAUACCACUCUCCACUGUAUAUCAUUGUUAUAGACCCAUGUUAUACAACUGUAAUCGGACUUAGAGUGGUAUAAUAU